AGAGUGUCAUCCAUCAUGUUGCAGAUUUGCUUGAUUUGGCUGGUCUCGAGUUUCUUUGAGGAAUCCAGCGGGCAGAUUGUCAUCACUCAGACACCAGCUUCUUUACAGGCGAAUCUUGGGGACAGAGUCACCAUCCUGUGCAGGGCUUCCUCUUCGGUCGGUAGCAAUAUGAAUUUAUAUGAGGUUAAACCAGGAAAGAAGCCCAAGCUACUGAUUUAUUAUGCUUCAAACCGUUUCGGAGGGACCCCAGAUCGCUUCAGCGGCAGCCAAAGCGGCAACGACUUCUCCUUCACUAUCAACGGUGUCCGUGCCGAGGAUGUAGGGGAAUAUUACUGUGGCCAAAGCUACAGCUUUCCUCUCCACAGUGAUACAAUUCAGUACAAAAACCAGCUCAGUAGUCUGAAGACUUCAGGAAGAGAUGGCUAUCAGUGCUUUGCAGCAGCACCACUCAGUGGUAGAACAUUUGCUUUGCACUCAGGAGGUUCCACAUCAGAUGCCUGGCAUUUUCAGCUACAGGAGGAGAAGCAGGGAGCCCCUGUCUGUAGAGCGGCCGAGGACACGCGCACAGUCAGUAUGGGCACCACUCGCGCUGUGUCCGUACAGGCUGCUUCUCGCAUGGCGACUGUGUGGGCUGCUGCACAUACGCAGUCUGUACGGGAUGCUGCGGCAGGUUCUCUGGGGCAGCUGAUCCCAGUGAUCAUCUUUUUGGCCCCCUUGCUCCUGAUCUAG